CUUCGUGCGCGACACAAGUGUUUUCGUACAGCUCCACGUCUUAGUCCGUCGUUCCUGUUGUGUUGGAAUUUUGCAGCCUUUGCAGGAUGUCUACGCAUAGGAAAAACACACUCGUCGUCGACUUUAGUGUCCUGCCACGACGACCCGUACUGGACCAGAUUGAGGAAUUCCUCAAGGACGACUUAAAACUCGACCUGGCCGACGUCAAGAACAUCCAAAUACACAAUAUCAAAAACUGUGUGCAUAUUGAGAUGAAUGAUGCUGGCGUAGCACCACGAUUACAAAAGCAACAUCAUCUCCAACAUUACUACAUCCACGAAGGAAAAACGUACUACAUCCCAGUCUACGUGGAUGGCCCCACGACCACCGUGAAGAUCCACGACCUUUCACCGCAAAUGUCGAACGAUAUCAUCGUGCGCCACAUGCAGCAGUACGGUAAAGUCAUCUCCAUCGAAAAUGAUGUAUGGAAAAAUUUCUUCCCUGGGAUUCCUAACGGCGUCAGAGUUCUUCGAAUGAGACUGGAGAAGACGUUACCUUCUCGCAUUGUGGUUAACGGUAAAAGCACAUACGUAACGUACCCGAAACUAAACACACAAUCAUCAAGGAAGACAACACUACUAUCCAACUCUGCUGAAAAGCAAAACCGCAUUGGUGAUAAACAAUGCAAAAUUGUUGAUCACCCAUCGGUUGCGACUCUCACCGACACAAGUGACGAUGACAACGACGACAUCGGCGGCGGCGGCGAUGAAGGUGAUGAUAAUAGGAACAACGAUACCGAUGAGCACGAUAUUGAAACCGUUGAAACUGAAAGGGAGCCUGAGACUGCGAAGAGACGGUUGUCAACUGAAACGGACAAUGGUAGAAGAGAAGAGAGCUUAGCAAAACGAUCUUGCAACGAGGAUGGACAAAACGCUGAAUUGGAAUGGAAGGUUUAUCAAACUAGAUCGAGGAAGAAACAAGCCAUGCUAAUUGAUUAG